CUACUGUGUAUCUACUGUGUACUCCGAACUCCUGACUCCAAGCGAAAACGUCCCACUCGACGAAUCAAAACUAAAUCACUCAAUGGCAGCAUGGUUAAUCUAACCAAUUUUCAACGAGCACGGCAAUUCAACAGCACCUGACGCGAUUCCACGGCCUUUCUCACCAUCGUCGUUCGUAUGAGCCGCUUGCCACUUCCUGCGAUAUUUCUAAAUCCAAGUUUUGGCCCAUGGCGUUCCCCGGACGCCUUUCGUCGGUGAAGUCCCAUGAUUCCCAACGAAGGACUGAUACGGGGACGGAAAACGCGGGAGAGAUUCCUCAUGCAAAAAAGCCGCGCUCACGUCCUCCUACCAGCUUGCGUGACAAGCUCGGAUUUCUCCAGGGCCACCUACCAUCUUAUUCGGGCCCCUACCAGGUCGGGAGUAUGGACAUUGAAGUUCCCGCGGAGAAUCCUAGGACAUUUUCCAACAUCACGCGGAAGCAUCGUCACGUGUUGCAGUUAGAAACUGUUCUAUUUACGCUCUACUAUCCGGCGGCUAUUGGUUCGGGCACAGGGAGAGACCCUGCAGGGCACAAGAGAUGGUCUCGAGAAACAUGGCUACCACGUCCACGAUGUGAGCUUGCCAAAGGCUACGGGAAGUUUGCCGGGGUUCCGGAACCACUCUCUGUUGCAUGGUUUGCCGCGACUUCGAUGCUCACGAAGCUGAGAGCAUUCCGUAAUGCGCCGCCCGCUCGGCAUUGGCCACCCGAAGGGCCUUUAAAGAAGCCUGGCUACAAGAGAAAGGAUCAACAAGGACCUCCACCUCCAGGGCAACCAGACGAGCCCCAGUUCCCGGUCAUGUUCUUCAGUCAUGGCCUUGGGGGCACCCGAACGGCAUAUUCGUCCAUGUGUGGCGAGUUUGCAAGCUAUGGGUUUGUCGUUUGCGCCGUGGAGCACAGGGACGGUUCAGGACCACGAACCUUUGUCAAUCAUCGUAGAGGACCAGACGGAAGCGUCGACCAGCAUCCAGUGUCUGAGAAGGUGGAUCACUGGCCGGAAGAAAUUGAGCGCGGCUACCAUGUCAUUGACUAUCUAUUUCCAAAAGACAAUCCCAUGGAUACUAGUCCCUCAAAUGACCAAGGCGUCGAUACCGAACUCCGCUUGGCCCAGAUUGACAUGCGGCUGGGGGAAUUCGAGGAGGCUCACAGAGUCUUAUGUGAAAUAGUCAAAGGGAACGGAGAGCAAAUUGCUAAGCAGAAUCUGCGAGGCAAAGGAUACAAGGGAGGCACUUCUCGCGGCUUGGAGGGCGUCGAUUGGUCCACUUGGACCAACCGGUUUCACAUCGACAAGCUUACAGUGGCUGGCCACUCGUUUGGCGCCGCAACAGUGAUAGAGGCACUGCGAAAUACGGAGAGGUUCCAGCAUGUUCAUGCCGGUAUCAUCUACGAUAUAUGGGGGGCCCCAAUCAAGCCACCCGCUGACGACCCACGGCACAGAAUACAUUCGCCACUGUUAGGCAUCAAUUCUGAAGCGUUCAUGUACUGGCAGUCAAACUUCGACAGAGUCAUGUCUCUAAUGAAAGAGGCAACGGAACAAGGUGCACCCGCAUAUUUAUGCACCGUGAGAGGUUCGAUACAUGUCUCCCAGUCAGACUUCACUUUGUUGUAUCGACACAUCUGUUCACUGUUGCUCAAAGCGACGGUGCACCCAGAACGGGCCAUAGAUUUGAAUGUUAGUGCCUCUUUAGAAUUUCUCCGAGACGUCACGUCAGGGUCAGGAAGAUCGAUCAUCGAGCGCUGUCUGACAGACGAGAAGCUUCUCCAGACGGACUUGUUGGAGGACGUGCCAGACUUGCAUAAACCCAAGGAGGAGUUAAUCGCGAUGAAGCUGAAAGUCAAGCACGAAUUCCGAACCCGAUUGUCUGCAAAGAUACAGCGGAAACUGAAGAGAAAGAAAAGGCAUGGUUUCUACAAGCCUGGUGACGAAAUAUGGAUGCACUUCAAGCCCGAGGAGGACCUGCUACGAGCUUGGCGUGAGAGGACACUUGGGUCGCAUGACCUGGAUGAGGAGGAUCUACAGAAUGACACAGUGGAUUCUAGUGACCAGGAGGCUGAGUUGAACUCUUCACCGUAGCAGGUUGACUAUGAGAAUCGGCUUAGAUGUCCUUCGUCGCGGAAAUAAGGCAUAUGAAUUCAUUUACGAGUGGCGCUUCAGCAGUGUACCCUAUGGACUUUGAUGCGCCCGCUGAUCGACCGCAUAUCGGAUGAGACAGCCACACCUACAAUAUAGAUCUACUUCCAUGGAUGCUGGGCAACCACUGUUCAUCGGACCUUUACACUGCGGUAGGCGAGAUAGAGACGUGACGCUUAAACUGGAAGACCUUCGUUAGAUGUAAUUAUGUCUACAUCGAGAUCUCCGCAAAGCUCUGGC